AAUGCAUCAAUUCUUAGAGCAAUUAUAACCAAAAGAGCUGCUAGAGAUGCUGAGAGAAAUAUUAAUAACGAGGGUUAACAUUGUUCCAAAAAUAUAAAGGCCACAGUGUUUCCAUCGAAUUUUUCCACCAGACAUUUUAUCAUCAUUUGGCCAGUCGCAGGUGCUAACGACAGAUCCUGCCUGAACGACUUGACACUCAUCCUGCAUGAGAGCCUCUCUUUGUGCAAAACAUUCCUCUUCUCCUGUGUUUAAAACAUUUCCUCAAACAGUAUUUCUCUUUAGUUUUUUCCACUUCCCUCCAUCUUUUCCAGGUAUCUGACCUCCCCUCUACCCUUAGAACAUAUUGCUCUGUUUCCACUCCCUCUCUUCCUCAGAUUCCUGUGCUGUCCCUCCCCUCCACUUCCCUCUCCUCCCCACCGACCCCCUUUCCCCAAACACUGAUCUCAGAUUAAGUUGAACACUAUCCCAGGUAAAGUUUCCACCUGCUUCUUUGGGAAAAAGCUCCUUCCACAGCUCCAACAAGGGUUUUUCAGUCUCCACAGGGCUUCACUCUUUUAAACACGCCAAUUCAAAACUCUGGAUUGUUGUUGCUCCUGCUGGAAAUCUUUCAGGAUCUGGACUUGGACAAGAGGAUCCCAUCUCUCUGGUCCUUCAGCUCCUCUAAAAACUCUCUUCACUUGUCAUCACUUUAGCAAAUUUCACCUCCACUUCUUCCUUCUACUCCCUCUAUCCCACGAUCACUGCUGGAUGGUCCUCUGUUGGAUGGGACACGGCUGUGAGGAGGUUGCCAGGUUAGAUUAGACUGGUGCUAAAUGUCCGUCUUCUGAAGGCAGAAUGGUCAGGCUAGGCUGUCCAAUCAUUGUGCUCCACGUCUUCAGCCUCUUUACACAAACAGCUAGUACUCAGGACAUCCUGUAUCCAUAUGGACCCGGCAAUAGGGAUCUUGAGACCCCCAAGAUGGAUGAUGGGAGUUCUCCAGAAAUUAGCUUGCUCAUUCCCUUUGUUUUCUUCAACAUCCCCUACCGUUCCAUCUAUGUGAACAACAACGGUGUGAUCUCCUUCAACGUGCAGGUUAGCCAGUUCACGCCUGAGGCUUUUCCGCUGAGCGAUAGCAGAUCAUUCAUUGCUCCACUUUGGGCAGAUGUGCACAACGGCAUCCGCGGAGAUGUCUAUUACAGAGAAUCCACCGAGCGAGAAAUACUGGAAAGGGCAACGCAAGAUGUCCGGAAGUACUUCAAGAAUGUGCCCACCUUCACCGCUACCUGGGUCUUUAUUGCAACAUGGCACCAGGUCACCUUCUAUGGAGGAAGCCAGACAACCCCAGUGAACACAUUCCAAACGGUACUAAUCGCAGAUGGCGCCGCUUUCUUCACUAUGUUCAACUAUGGAGAAAUCAUAUGGAGCACAGGAACGGCCAGUGGCGGAGAUCCUUUAACGGGACUUGGUGGGACAACAGCUCAGUCAGGUUUUAAUGGUGGAGACAUUGGUCACUUCUUCAACCUGCCAGGAUCCCGGUCAAAUGAAGUAGUGAAUAUUGAACAAUCAACCAAUGUAAACGUUCCUGGACGCUGGCUCUUCCGUGUCGACACUGAAUUGAUAGAUCCCGCAAAUGGCUGCAGCUACAAUGGUCGUUACUACAGACGAGGGGAAAACUUCUGGUUGUCUGAUCAGUGCUUACAGCGAUGCCGCUGCCUCGACAUUGACAACGAGGUUCAGUGCCAAGAAGCUCCGUGCGGGCAGCUGGAGAACUGCGAGCAGCAGGAAGGGGCAUUCUACUGCCAGCCAAUCCGCACCAGCACCUGUGUGGUAUUCGGCGACCCUCACUACCACACCUUCGAUGGCUUCCUCUAUCACUUCCAGGGGACCUGCUCCUACCUGCUGGCUCGACCCUGCUGGGAGGUGACAGGACUACCCUUCUUCAGUGUGGAGGCAAAAAAUGAGAACAGGGGAAUUCCCUCUGUUUCCUGGCUCAGAGAUGUCACAGUGGAAGUCUAUGGUCACCGCGUCAUGUUACCCAAAGGCAGUUUGGGAACAGUCCAGGUGGAUGGCUUGACCAAAACUGUACCUGUCCAACUCCAGCUUGGGGCUAUCAGGGUGUAUCAGUCAGGGGUUGCAGUUGCUUUGGAAACAGAUUUUGGCCUCUUGGUAACGUACGAUGGCCAACAUUAUGCAUCCAUCUCCCUACCCAGCUCCUACUUCAACAACACCUGUGGCCUCUGUGGUAACUACAACGAUGACCCUGCAGAUGAUCCUGUACUUCCUGAUGGCUCUUUAGCAGAAAGCGUGGUGGAGUUGGGAGGCAGCUGGCGAGCGGAGGACACAGACUGGAGGUGCACAGAUGGCUGCGCACAAAACUGCAGCGUGUGUGACCCUCUGACAGAAGCCUUCUAUUUUCGCCCAGACUACUGUGGGAUCAUCAACAAAACUGAUGGACCGUUCAGGGAUUGCCGAGCAGUAGUGGACCCCACAGCCUUUGUGUAUAGUUGUGUAUACGACAUGUGCAGCAACAGGGAUAACAUCACCGCACUGUGUCAGGCCAUCCAGGCAUAUGCUCUUGCCUGUCAGGCCCUAGGCGUCACGAUACGGCCCUGGAGAUCUCGAACCUUCUGCGCGUUGUCAUGUCCGAAGUACAGCAAUUACCAAGUGUGCACAAGCGCCUGCCCGGCCUCCUGUUCGGACCUCACUGCCCCCCUGUACUGUGCCCACCCUUGCACUGAGGGCUGCAAGUGUGAUGCAGGUUAUGUUCUCAGUGGCAGCCGUUGUGUACAGCGUGAAGAAUGUGGCUGUGAGAGUAAUGGCCUCUAUUACCCCCUUAAUGAGACGUUCUGGGCAGGUCCCAGUGGCGAAGAAGGUGAAUGUUUCCUCCACUGCACCUGUGGGCCUGCUGGAGAGGUCUCCUGCUCCAAUGCGUCAUGUAAGGAGGGGGAAGUAUGCGUGGCAGAAGUGGGCCGUCUGGGCUGCUACCCUCGGAGGGAGGGAGUGUGCGCAAUCACCGAGACCUCAGUGUCCUCCUCCUUUGAUGGCACCUUCUUGCUGUUCCCAGACGAUAGCUCCUAUUACCUUCUGAAGCUGUGUGGUGGAGUGCCAGCUAAUGGUUCCAUGGUGGAGGUGAAGAUAGGCAGGAGGCUGGUAAACAAAGGCCCCUCUUGGAAAAGACCUGUGGUAGUUACAGUGGCUAACCUUGAAGCUCAGAUCGGAGGGACGGAUUUUGACACAGUAAAGGUGAAUGGUGAACAAGUGCUGCUUCCUUACGUCCAUCCAAUGGAGACAAUGAUGAUCUACAGGGCGCCAGGCAAUGCCACUGUGGUGGAGGCACGUGGUCUUCUUCGUGUUCACUACAAUCGCCAGGGAUCCCUCAACAUCUCCCUCUCAACCAUAUUCUACAACGUUACUUGUGGUCUAUGCGGUGUCUUCAAUAGCAAUGCCACUGACGAUCUCCGCCUCCCUAAUGGACGCCUCGCAGACUCUACUGAACAGUUCACUGACGGCUGGCGGGCCAUUGCUGAUGACCUCACCUGUAAUGGUGACUGUGAUGACCUGUAUCGCAUGUGCACAGACUUGCGUCUCUACCAGAGUCCUUGGAUGUGUGGCAACAUCAACGACCCCGGGAACAGUUCAUUUCUGGCGUGUCAUGCAGUGGUCAACCCGUCACCCUUCUUCAGGAACUGCUUAUAUAACAUGUGUGUGAAGCAGGGGAACCGUUCAGCUCUGUGUUCUUCACUGCAGGCUUAUUCCAGUGCUUGUCAGGAUGCUCACAUAGGCCUCAGUUCCUGGAGGAGUGCUACCAACUGUCCUCUUCCCUGUCCAGAGAACAGUCAUUUUGACGAGUGCACCAACUCCUGCCCUCUGACCUGUGCCAACCUGGAUGAUCUUGAGGAGCCGUGUCCUCUGCCAUGCCAGGAGGGGUGUCAGUGUGAGGAAGGCUUUGCGCUGCGGGACGGCCUGUGUGUGGCACGCAGUGACUGUGGCUGCAUUAGCCACGGGCGGCAGCUGGCCACUAAUCAGACUUUCUGGACGGAUUGGGAAUGCCAGGAGCGCUGCUACUGCAAUGGCUCUGACAACAGUGUAUACUGUCAGCUCGCACCCUGUCACCCUGAGGAGUACUGCCAGGAGAACGACGGCCUUUACUUCUGCCAGCCGCGCACCGAGGCCCUAUGUGUGGCAGCUGGUUAUGGACAUUUUCUGCCCUUUGGUGGUGUGCCGUUUGAGCUGCAGAGCUCUUGUACUCUUAGGAUGGCCACUUCUAACUGUGGCAGGGAGAACAUGGACCAUACUGCCGUCUCUGGAACUUUUCCCCAGUUCAAGUUUGCAGCUCGGAACGAGGAAAGGGACACAGGCUCGGCCAUUUGGGUGAGGGGCUUCGUACUGGAGGUUUAUGGGUAUGAGAUUGAAGUCUCUCGAACCUACAAAAACACGGUGACGGUGAAUAUGGAGCGUUUGUACCUUCCUCUGAAGCUGGGCCCAGGAAAGGUCAACGUCUUCAUCUUGGGCAAACAGCUCAUCCUGGAGACAGACUUUGGCCUGAAGGUGGCCUUUGACUGGAACACUCUCCUCCUGCUGACUUUGCCCCGAAACCUCUACAACGCCUCCUGCGGCCUGUGCCAGGGCAUGCCCUCUCCCCCCCCCACCCUCACCACCACUGACUGGGGCAUGGCGUGGGCAGAGAGGGACACCUUCUGCCAGGUGGGCUGUGGAGACUCCUGCCAGCGCUGUGGCCUGGGGGAGAAAAGUGUCCUAAGCGACGCCCCGCUCAUGGUGACUAGUGCCAACAUGAACAUGGGCACAGACAAUGGGACAAAUGAGGUGAACACAGGCCUACGUUUCCACAUGGGAGAUGGACUGUAUGUGUUUGUGGGGCCUGAGGCAGUGAGGCUCUGUGGGGUAAUUGCGGAUCGAGGAGGUGCGUUUGCACGCUGUCACAGCAAGGUUGCGCCAGCCUUCUUUAAUCAAGGCUGCCUCCAGGACACGUGCAUGGACCAGGGGGCCCAGGAUACAAUAUGUAAUUGGCUGCAGAUCUAUGCCAGCACCUGUCAGACCCAAGGAGUGCCUGUAACCGGCUGGAGGAGCGAUACGCCAUGUGUCCAGAGCUGUCCGCCAAACAGCCAUUACUCCAGCUGCGUGUCGGUCUGCCCGCCCCAGUGCGCCCCCGCCCGUGGCCAGAGGGACUGCAGCCAGGAGUGUGUGGAGGGCUGCCAGUGCGACCAGGGCUACGUGCUCAACGGCAAGAGCUGCAUUCUGUCUCAGAACUGUGGCUGCUACACCGAUGGCAAAUACUACGAGCCCAAGCAGCUGUUUUGGAACAGCGACUGCACCAAACGCUGCCAGUGCAUCGGACGAAACCUGAUCCAGUGCGACCCGAGGCGCUGUAAGGCGGAGGAGGAGUGCACCCUGCGGUAUGGGGUUCGAGGUUGCUUUGCACGGCGCCUGCAGCACUGCGUGGCCUCGGGUGGCGGCGUCUUCAGGACCUUUGACGGGGCGUCCCUGCGGCUCCCGGCCUCCUGCUCCUUCGUCCUGUCGACCAACUGUCACAAACUGCCCGACCUCUCCUUCCAGCUCAUCGCCAACUUUGAUAAGUGGAGCACACCCAACCUCACCACCAUCUCUCACGUCUACCUCUACAUCAACGAGGAGAAUAUACUUGUGUCUGGUAGCACAAUCAAGGUCAAUGGUACACCGGUGUCGGUGCCAUUCCUCACAGGGCUGAUGACACGUCUGUCCACAUCUGAAGGCUUCAUCGUCAUCGACACGCCGCAGGACAUCCAGAUUCGGUACAACCGCUUCAACACCCUGAGCAUCACGAUGGGCCAGCGGCUGCAGAACAAGGUGUGUGGCCUCUGUGGGAAUUUCAACGGAGACGCCAGCGACGACUACAUCACCUCAAGAGGCAAGCCGGCCGUCAGUGCCCUGGAGCUGGCCCAGAGCUGGAAGACCAACGGUAUGCAGAACAGUUGUGAUGAGACCCAGUACGUGGCUCUGGCCCAGUCAUGUGAAAAUACAGCGGUGCAGGCGCUGCAAGGUGAAGACGCCUGUCAGAAGCUCACCCAGGUGAAGGGCUUCUUCCAGCCGUGCCACGGCUUGCUGGACCCCCGGCCCUUCUACCAGUCCUGUUACCUGGACGGCUGCUACAACCAUCGCAAGGCUCAGGUGUGUGGCUCGCUGGCGGCCUACGCCGAGGCCUGCCGCUCCCUGGGCACCCUCACCACCAAGUGGAUCGCCCAGGAGAACUGCUCAGAAUGGAUCUAUGACCCCUGUGCAGGAGAGAUCUGCACAAACUUCACCUGUGAGCUGGAGAACGGAGGCGACCUGUGUGGCUGUCCAGAGCUGCCCACCAGCACAGGAGGUGAUGAUGACAUCAUACAGGCAGAGGUGAUGUGUAAACACGCGCAGAUGGAAGUUUCCAUCUCCAAGUGUAAACUCUUCCAGCUGGGCUUCGAGCGAGAGGACGUGCGGGUCAACGACGAGCAGUGCGCCGGCAUCGAGGGCGAGGACUUCAUCUCGUUCCGCAUCAACAACACCAAGGGACACUGCGGCUCCAUCGUGCAGUCGAACAGCACACACAUAAUGUACAAAAACACGGUCUGGAUAGAGAGUGUGAACAACACGGGGAACGUCAUCACCAGAGACAAAACCAUCAACGUGGAGUUUUCCUGCGCCUACGAACUGGACCUGAAGAUCUCCCUGGAGACCGUCCUCAAACCCAUGCUCAGUGUGAUUAACCUCACGUUGCCAACCCAGGAGGGAAACUUCAUCACAAAGAUGGCUCUGUACAAGAACGGCUCGUACCGCCAGCCGUACAGGGAGGGGGAGGUGGUGCUCAGCACGCGGGACGUCCUGUUCGUGGGCGUCUUCGUGGAGGGGGCCGAUGAGAACCAGCUCAUCCUCAUCGUGAACAUGUGCUGGGCCACGCCGUCCCGCUACAGCAGCGACCGACUCCGAUACAUCAUCAUAGAGAGGGGGUGUCCAAACAUUAAGGACAACACCAUCGGCAUGGCAGAGAACGGCGUCUCGCUCACCUGCCGCUUCCACGUCACCGUCUUCAAGUUCAUCGGGGAUUACGACGAGGUCCACCUGCACUGCGACGUCUCGCUCUGCGACUCGGACACUAACGCCUGCAAAGUGAACUGUCCACACAAGAGGAGAAUGUACUCAGAGGACCAGAACCAUCAAGAGCACAUACUGAGUGUGGGACCCAUCAGAAGGAGAGAAUCUGACUGGUGCGAGUACCACAACGGAGGCUGUGAGCAGAUCUGCUCCAGUAAAGGAACUGGACCAGUGUGCAGCUGUGUGACUGGGAUGCUGCAACGAGACGGGAAAAGCUGCCGGACCGUGAGCUCGAGCUGCUCCGCUCCACCUGCGGUUCCUCUGCUGGUCGUCGGCGCUGUGACCUCCAUGUUCCUGGCUCGUGCUCAGACGCCUCUUCUCUCCUAACAGCCCGAGAGCCGAGGACGACGCCAGCUGACGACAUGGAUCAAACUCACAGAAAGACUCGAAGAGGCACAGCAGUGAUUAGACAGUAGAUCGGCUGUGAGACAGAUUUCUAGACGUGUGGAGAGUCCGUCCUGACAGAACUCGUAGUUUUCUCCCUUCAGCUCUACUUCCUCCGUUAUUUACAUCUCAUCGUUGUAUCGUCCGUCUCUUAAAGCCACUUUCGCCAUCUUCAGACCUGAUGUUAACUUCUGUCCUGAGGGAUCCGAUCACAAGUAGAUUAGAAAACCAAUCAAGAACCGUCGGGGUUUUAUUCUUUAAUUUAUCUGUGAAACAAAACAAGGAAUUUUAAGGUUUUAUUUAUUAGGAUUUUUCUUUAUUAAUGAAAACUUUACAGCCCAAGGUAAUAACCAGCAGAUUAGUUGAUAAAGGAAAUAAUCAUUACAUCCAAACCUGGAAGCAACAGACUGACACAUCCUGCAGACAUGGUCAUUGUCAGAAUCUUUAAAGCAACACGAUGAAACUUUUUCAACUUAAAACUGCAGCUUUAUAAUGAGUUGAUGGUUCAGCGACAGUGUUAUUCACGUCCCAUUGACGCACACGCCCAACCAAUUGGGAUUCAGUCUCAACUCUGAAUCAAUAAUCACAUUUUUACAGCAUUAAAUAACUGAUUUAAACCAAAGUUAUUGUAAAAUUUUGUUUGGUCCUUGUCCCGUUCACUAACGUGGAGGAGGAGUUUAUGACCUAUACUGCAGCCAGCCACCAGGGGGGCCAGUUGAGACAUUUUGGCUUCACUUGUAGGGACUAACCUGUUUCAUUUUUCAGUAGACAGCUUCAGAGUCAUAGUAAUUUGACCUUUCCACAUAUUAAACAUAUCCAGGAGGAGAAUGUCUGAUCCAGACCAGCUCUAGAUGUGAUCCGGCUGGUACCAUAGCCCCUGUAUUACACUGACUCUGUAUUUACACCUGCAGUACGUGUCUGUCCAUAUCAAGAAAGAUUAUUGCUCUGUACACAAACCUCUAAAUGUCCUGCUGUAAUUUAUUCACUUCCUACGACCUCCGGAUAAAAUGCAGUACAGUUUUUACCAAAAAUAACAGAAUAAAAUGGAUAAAUUAACUAAAUCUACAUGUGGAAUGUUUAAAUCUCUGUCACAGAAUAUUUCGUAAUGCGCAAAUGGAAGUUCUAAGUUUAUCUUGGUGUCCAGGGGGAGUUUGUGAAUAAAGUGAGUAUUUAUAUGUGUGGAAAGCACCUUGUGAAAUGAAUACUCGUAUAUUUUAAACUAGUACCACGUUGUUAGCGUGUUAUGGCUGUAAGAUAAUCAGCCAGUUGUAGUUUUCUCUCACACGUACUGACUGUGGACAUAAUACUGUCAGCAGAGUAGGUAUAAGUACACUCCCCGCACAGUAUCUUUGUACUCUGCACCUUCAUGUGUUAUUAAUGUCAGAGUAUCACCACAUAUCUGAUGUAAACCUUCAGUGUUCUUCAGUUGAAAUUUAUAGUUUAUUGUUAUUAGUCCUGUUUUUCUACCUUCUAUGUACAAAUGUACAGUCCCUGUCACUUUGGUGGUUUUAUGUCUCGAGCGUUUUUAAUAAUCAAUAUCUUUGUGUGUGUGUUUGUGUGUGUGUUUGUUCAAAAAUCUGACAACAGAUGUAUUAUCGUUUGAGACCAGCGUCACCGUAUAAACAACUAAAUAAAUGAAGAAGUUCUCAAA